GUUCCUCUCUAGCUUUUGUCGCUGCAGGCGAACGUUAAUGGCUCCGUUUUCGGCCUCUGCCGACGAGUCAGCUCCCAGCCCUACCUGCCAGCACUGGAACCACGCCGCCGCCGGCCGAGAGUGGCCCUCCCACGACGCCGAAUGCGGCUGGACCUGUGCCGGCCACCAUCAAAGCCCCAUCAACGUGCCCCGCCGGGUGGACGCCAGGCUGAGCAAGCACCUGAGGGCCAACCUGCAGUUCGGCACGGCAACCGACCUGCGCGUCCUCAAUAUCGGUCACGCGGUCCAGGUGGAGUUCUCCCCCCCCGCCGACAGCCGCGCCUCGGUGGUGGUGCUGGGCGACUCUGUGGCCAACCUGUACGAUGCCGCCAACCCCAACCGCCUCCCCUUCACCCGCAUCAACCUGGAGCCGCUGCAGUUCCACAUGCAUGCCACCUCUGAGCAUCUGGUGCACGGCAAGAGCGCAAUGCUGGAGCUGCACCUCGUGACCAAGCUGGUGGCCACACCUGGCGCCACACUGCCCAAGGAGUGCCCCGAGGGCUCCGAUGCACUCUGCCUGGCCGUGUUUGGCGUGCUGUACGACAUCAAGCACGGCGACAACGUCACCCGCGGCGACCCCACAAUCCAGCAGAUCAUUGACAACCUUCCCACCUGCCCCGAAGCCGGCAAGGAGUGUGUGAAAGAUGUGCCCGGCUGGGAGCUGGACCUGUCUUCCUUCUUCCCCGACACCACCUACCAUGCCUAUACCGGCUCCCUCACCACCCCGCCCUGCACCGAGGGCGUGAUGUGGCAUGUCUUCCCCAACGUGCGGGCCGUGCUGUCAGAGCAGCAGGCCAUCGAUCUGCAGCUGGCGCUGUCCGCCGCCACGAUUGAGGGCCAGGCAGUGCUCAACCGCCUGAACAACCGCGUCGUGCAGCCCCGCAACGACCGCAACGUGUUUGCCGCGUGCGCCACCUCGUGAUCCACCCUGAUUUUGAUACUGCGUUCUUGGAGUUUUCGAAGCAGCUGAUCACAUGCCUGUUGAUCACGCUGGGUGUUUUUCGAUUGCACCCGCCGCCCACCCAAGCCCAACUGCCUUGUCCUGCCAUGCUCCUAUGGGCAGGCCCUUCCCUGCUGUUCCUCCCAUCCAUCGUAACUUGUUGCUAUUGCUCCUGGGCUGAGAUCAUUGAAGAAGCAUCCCAGGC